AUGUCUGCAAUCUUUCGAUGGGAGACGAGCAUCGCUCUGGUAACACUCUUGGAAGGCGACGUGAUCUUAGCGAACCAAGUUGACGAUGUGUCCUUAGAAUCGAUGCAAGAAAUCAUCACACGCAAGAUCGCCGGUCAGUUGAUGCAACAGCAGGCAGUAUCAAAGGCCAAACAAGUGCGGCAUCUGCAAGCUUGCCUCUGGGUGUACGGAAAUCUGCUGAUGCCGCAGUCUCUCCUUUCUGAUCCUGUGUUCUUAGAGAAGAGCAAAGAAGUUCUACACGACUUCUUCAAGGUUUGGAUCCUACGACUCAGAUGCUUCACCACAAGAGCAUACAGGUCUGUCAUAAACGUGAACCAUGAGGAUCUUGGACAAGACACUAAGUGUGAUGCGACAGCUAGGCAGGAUGCCGUCGUUGCUGUGGGACAGCUCCUCGAUACGAUCCAGGCGAUGUCGGAUGUUCUUAAGAUUGUUACCGUCACGACACAUCAGACACUGAGGUUGAUGACCGAAAGCGAUGGUCCGCUCCUCUGA